AAGGCAAUACAGUAGCAGAUUGGAGUGCAGGUGCAAGCAGCGCAAAUUAUUGAGAGCUUAAGCUUCCACUGGACAGAUGCAGCUCUUUCUUUCUCUAUUCCUGGAAACAAUAGCAGUAACGCUUUUCCUUCUUGUUCCAUCCUCAUCUUCUUCUGAUACAAUGAUCCAGAACAGCUCACUUACGAAUGGCCAGACGUUGACAUCGACACGAGACUUCCAGUUGGGCUUCUUCAGUCUAGAUAAUAGUCCAGCGAAGGGAUACUUAGGAAUCUGGUACUGCAAUUUCACACCACAGGAAGGCACUAUAAUAUGGAUCGCCAAUCGGAACAAGUCUGUCAACACAUCCAUGGCAUCCUUCAACCUCACUUCCGAUGGAAAUCUAAUCUUAUUUGAGGAAGACAGAAAUGUUUGGUCGACGGGAACGAGAUCCACAGGACUCAAUUCUGCACGCUUGCAACUUUUAGAUUCUGGAAACCUCGUGCUGACUGUCGGCGACUGGAUUCUAUGGCAGAGCUUUGACUCCCCGAAUGGCAGCGGCACGAGUGUCCCUGGCAUGAAGCUCGGAUUUAACAAACAAACCAACACUUCAUGGCGGCGAGUGUCAUGGAAAAACUCCACGGAUCCUUCUCCGGGAGAAUGCAUCCAGAUGAUUCGUGUUCUACCUAUACCGGAUUUUGUCACGUUGAAGGGAUCCACCAAAUACCAUCGCAUCGGCCUAUGGAACGGAUAUCGGUUGGUCAGCUAUCCAUCGAUGGCGAGCAGCAGUCUGGAGGCCAACCCACUAAAUGGCAUGUUUGUGUCCAAUGAGAAUGAGAGCUAUGCUACGGUUAAUUACACAGCCUGGCCGACGCCGGUGCUGAUACGGUCAAUAUUGUGGGCCAAUGGAACCUUCCAGGGUUGGUUGCUUGACAGGGGUGACAAGAGAGAGUGGCAACUUCUGUGGUCGAUUCCGGCGGACGAGUGCGAUAAGUACAAUCGCUGCGGCCGCAACAAGGUGUGCACCUGGAACGUGGUUGUGGAGAACUGCAAUUGCUUGGACGGGUUCGUAAAGAUUGUGGAGAAUGGAAGCGAGGACGGGUGCAAGAGGGAGAAGCCUUUGAAUUGCUCGUCAAACCAGUUUUCCAAGGUGCCGAACGUGAAGUUGCCCGACACUGAGAACGCUACACCACGAGGAAACAUAAGUCUCGAUGACUGCAAGAAUUUGUGCUUGAAUGAUUGCUCCUGCGUGGCGUAUGCGGGCAUCAAAGGGGCUUCUGAAUGCGUAACUUGGCGUGGUGAUCUGUUGGAUCUCAGAACUUUUGUCGAUGAAGGAGAGGAUUUAUACGUUCGGCUCGCAGGAAAAAACAGCACUGGGAGAAGAAUCCUAUUUAUUGUCGUCUCUAUUGCUGCAGCAUUGUUAUUCCUUUGUGCCAUUUUUAUUUACCGUCGAAGAAAAAAAGCAACGAUACGAAGAGGGAACCCACUUGCAGCAAAAUUCAACAAUAAAGAUCAAUAUGAAAUAAGAGGUGCAGAAUCUCUAUUGUUUGAUCUGGAGGCUAUUAGAAUAGCUACGGACAACUUCUCUAAUAGAAACAAGCUGGGAGAAGGAGGAUUUGGGACUGUUUAUAAGGGAACACUGGAAAACGGAGAGCAUGUAGCAGUAAAAAGACUUUCAAAAAGCUCAGGGCAAGGACUAGAUGAGUUGAAGAAUGAAGUGUUUCUGGUUGCCAAACUUCAACACAGAAACCUUGUGCGGCUAUUGGGCUGUUGCUUAGAUUCAGAGGAGAAACUACUCAUUUACAAUUACCUUGCUAAUACAAGUCUUGACAAGUUUUUGUUUGAUAAUUCAAAAAGAAAGCAGUUGGAUUGGGCAAGAAGGUUUAAGAUCAUUGAGGGCAUUAGUCGAGGACUUCUUUAUCUUCAUGAAGAUUCACCAUUGAAGAUCAUUCAUCGGGACUUAAAAGCCAGUAACAUCUUGUUAGAUGCAAACAUGGAUCCCAAAAUUUCAGAUUUCGGUCUUGCGAAGCUUUUUGGUGUAGAUGAAACCCAAGGAAACACUAGAAGAAUUGCCGGAACAUUUGGAUAUAUGGCACCGGAAUAUGCCCUUCAUGGGCUCUUCUCAGUUAAAUCAGAUGUGUAUAGCUAUGGUGUGUUAGUCUUAGAGAUCCUAACUAGUCAGAAGAAUAUUUGUCACCGAGGAUCCGAAUAUCCAAUUGAACUUGUUACUCAUGUGGUCUGGCGCCAUUGGGCUCAAGGAAGUGCCCUGCAAGUGAUUGAUCAUGAUCUAGUUGAACAAUGUCAAGCUCCCCAAAUAUUAAGGUGCAUACAUAUAGGGUUACUGUGCGUGCAAGAAGAUCCAAUUCAAAGACCCACCAUGGCCAAUGUUGUGCUUAUGCUCAACAACCUCUUUAUCAGCCUUCCCACUCCUUCAGCACCAGCAUUUCUCAGUAAUCGUAAUCCCACCAGUGAAGCAAAUGAUGUUCCACGGAGAGAGAGCUCCAACGGAAGCAAGGGAAUUCUAAUGAAAAUUUCUGACAAUAAUGUUUCAAUCUCUGCAUUAGAGCCUAGGUAGUAGGAAAGUUCAUUUCAUGUUUAUAUAUAUAUAUAUAUAUAUAUAUAUAUGCCUAUUUAUGUAAAGUUUAACUGAAUGUUUAGCUUCAGGUUUAUUCUAAUAUGUAUUUGAUCUA